AGGUACUACGCAUCACACACUUCCAUUGCUGGCUUUUCUGUGUGUUUCCUUCGUCUCUGCACGCUGAGGAAGUUCCCUCGCUCGCCCUUCUCUUCUUGUAAAGUUUUAUUUUCGCACAACCCUCGCAAAUCACUCCAGCGUGCUUCUCAAUUUUACUUUAGUUUUCCUUUGUUCUCUUGUUGUUGUUUGGUGCUGACUCGUCUUCGUAUCCGUAUACACUAUCGUUGCGGUUCUUCUUAUCAAUAGCACACGCGCACCCGUACACGGAGAAGAAGACAAACAACAACCGAAAUAAGUGGGAAGGGGUUCGAUCAAGUGUCUUCUACCGCAGCUCUCUUCCCUCAGGCGUUGUUCGCUCUCAUUCCAGGGUUUAUUAUUAUUGUUAUUAUUAUUCUUAAGCCAACAUUGACAGACACGGAGACCCCCAAAAGGAAAGUGCCCAUCAUGGCGAUCCCUUUGUUGGCCAACGCCAAGACAGUGAAGGAGGACAGUGCCCUCUUCUUCGCUGUGACUGAAACCUACGCCGUGCCGACCGCCAGCGCGCGCUACCGCACUCCACGCCAGUUUAAUGAGCUCCUCCGCAGCCGCCUCCGCCAGCGCAAUCGCUUCAAUCGCGAUCACCACGACACGUGCAUGUACAUCGCCCGCUCAAAGAACGCGAACGUGGUCGCCUACACGGCGAAUCUGGUGGAUGUGAAAACGAAUCAAAGCGUGGAGUCCGGCAUUGGCCGCCACUGCGCCUUACGCAAGGACGACCCGCUUCAUCCGUACUUCGUGAACUUGGAGCCGUCGUACGUGGCGGAGCGGCGCCGCAAGGGCGUGGAGUACGACUGCGAUGAUUUAAAUAUUUUGGAACGCACGAUGGCGUACGGCGUGUCGGCGGCGCCCGUGAAUAUGGAUGGCAUCUCGCAGUACUGGGGGAGGAAGGCACCGGAGGCCUUCGCGGAGCUGCAGCGGAGCUGGGCCACGUCCGGCAGCGCAGCGGCGCCGGAAGGUGCAAGGGAGAAGUCCGGCACAGACGACGACAAGAAGAACGACGGCGACGACAGCAGCAGUGGUGACAGCGAUAUAGUGAAGAAUGCUGACGCCGGGGCGGGGUCGCUGGCUGAUGACCUUACAGCCGACUCGCUCGACGCGGCGCUGAAGGCGUGGUGGACGCCGUUUCAUCCGUACGUCUCGCACUUCGUCGCGCUGCCCACGUGGCCCGGUCUGGUGUUGUGCCUGCCGCCUUUGAGCACGACCGACGGCAGUCAUCGCAGCAGCGCGUGUGAUGCGAGUUUGAGCAGAGACGGGACAGCCCCGACGAAGGCGGCGUCUGUGGGGUUGGAGGGGACCGACGCGCCGCCGGAGACGGUGAAAACGUGCAUCACCUACGGCACCCACACCGAGCCAUCUCCGCUGACGCCGACCACCGGUGUCUUGUCGGACGAGGACACCGUCGUGGUGAUUGUUUCGCUCAUUGAUGGCGAGCUGAGCGUGGUGGAGAGCGUGUACGUGAGCAGCGUGGAGCCGAAGCGCUUCUACCAGCUGCCCAAGGUGGAGUACAUCGAGGUGCACGGCACGUCCCUCGCCACCGGCAAGCCGACCUAUGAGAAGAAGUCCAGCUAA